AUGGCCUCGUCGCUGACCCGCAUGGGGCUCCUCGUGAUGGCUUCUGGCGCCGCCGCCUCGGGCAUCGCCUCUCUCGAUGCCUUCCCCUCGGGCGACACGACCUGCUCCCAGCCAGUGGAUUCAACCACCACCUUCGACAAUGUGGUCGAGCUGUCGCCCCAUGUGCAAUGCAUAGCCAGCGGUGGCACCUUCGUCAAGGCGGUCUACACCUGCUCGAGGUUACCCAGCCAAACGAUAGCGACGUGCACCGACAGCUCGUGCUCCUCGUGUGCUGCGCCCUCCGCCAUGAACACGUAUGCCAGUGGCUUCUCUAUGAGACCAGUGGUGGGGGCGUGCAUUCCGACAAACCGCCUAGACAUGUCCGGCACUCUGAUCCAAGCGUACUCGGUCCGCUACACCAUCCUCGGCAGUGCGUGGGCGUCGAUAACCUUCUGCGACUCGCCGCCCUCGUCGCCGCCCCCGUCGCCGGCGUACCCGCCGGGGGCGCCCGGCACCACCAUGCUCGAGGCCUUCCCCUCGGGCGACACAACCUGCUCCCAGCCAGUGGAUUCAACCACCACCUUCGACAAUGUGGUCGAGCUGUCGCCCCAUGUGCAAUGCAUAGCCAGCGGUGGCACCUUCGUCAAGGCGGUCUACACCUGCUCGAGCACACCCAGCCAAACGAUAGCGACGUGCACCGACAGCUCAUGCUCCUCGUGUGCUGCGCCCUCCGCCAUGAACACGUAUGCCAGUGGCUUCUCUAUGAGACCAGUGGUGGGGGCGUGCAUUCCGACAAACCGCCUAGACAUGUCCGGCACUCUGAUCCAAGCGUACUCGGUCCGCUACACCCGCCUCGGCAGCGAGUGGGCGUCGAUGACCUUCUGCGACUCGCCGCCCUCGUCGCCGCCCCCGUCGCCGGCGUACCCGCCGGGGGCGCCCGGCACCACCAUGCUCGAGGCCUUCCCCUCGGGCGACACAACCUGCUCCCAGCCAGUGGAUUCAACCACCACCUUCGACAGUGUGGUCCAACUGUCGCCCCAUGUGCAUUGCAUAGCCAGCGGUGGCACCUUCGUCAAGGCGGUCUACACCUGCUCGAGCACACCCAGCCAAACGAUAGCGACGUGCACCGACAGCUCAUGCUCCUCGUGUGCUGCGCCCUCCGCCAUGAACACGUAUGCCAGUGGCUUCUCUAUGAGACCAGUGGUGGGGGCGUGCAUUCCGACAAACCGCCUAGACAUGUCCGGCACUCUGAUCCAAGCGUACUCGGUCCGCUACACCCGCCUCGGCAGCGAUGUGAUGGUCAUCAUAGCGGCGGCCACCGCCGCCGGCGUGGUGGUUGUUUUUCUGCUCGUCAUCCUCGUGGUGUACUGCAUGUGCAAAGGCAGGAAGACAAGCCAGGUAGCCAUCGAGCCCAAGUAG